CGAUUUCUGCCUGUGAUACAAUUUAAGUUAUCAGAUAUUGGUGAAGGCAUUGCUGAAGUUCAGGUGAAAGAAUGGCAUGUGAAAGAAGGCGAUCGUGUAGAACAAUUCGAUAAUAUCUGCGAAGUGCAAAGCGAUAAAGCUUCGGUGACAAUCACAAGCCGCUACGAUGGCACAAAAGAAGACAAGUCUGCUGAAGAACCAAAAAUUGAAAGUGGAAAAACCAGCGAGGAAGAAUUAACUGAAAAAGACACCGAGGAGAAGAAAGUUCUCGCAACACCUGUUGUCCGACAUUUUGCAAAGGAGCACGGGGUUUCACUGAGCGAAGUAACUGGUACUGGCCCUCAUGGACGAAUUCUGAAAGAUGACGUGUUGCGAUUUGUUGCACAGAAACCUGGUGCAGCAUCUGCAACGAAAGCAGUACCUCAGGUAUCUGUAGAAGCCAUGCCACCACCGGCAUCAUUCCCGCGUCCAUUUGUACCAGCGAAAAAGGUCUUGUUUUGGGAGCUUAGGAAAAACAGGACAUUCAAAAAUCGUAACCUUAAUGUCCUGAUAUUUUGUGCACCGCUGAAUAACCAAUCUGUGGAUGACGUUUGGAGCAGUGCGAGCAGAGCGAAUAUUCGAUAUUGGGUAAACGACAUCAGAUGUGCUGCGCCAUCAAUCGUAUUUGUUUGCGAGCUUUCCAAGCAGCAAUAG